AAUUGCGUCGGUUACCCUUACCUCCCUCUCAUUACUCUCCCCCUCUCUCUCUCUCUCUCUUCAAGAGAAGAAGGAAGCAGAGCAAAGCUCGGCGGGGAGAGAGAAAGAGUAGGGAGGGAGAGUGAGGAAAUAAAUUCACAGCAGAGCCGGAAAUUAAUCGGUGCGUAAUAAGGGGGGAUGUUGGGGAGAAUCGGUUUGGAUUGCCGCCGAUCUCUGCAGCUCGGCCGCGGCGAUUUCCAUUUCUGGGAGGAGCCACGGCCUAAGUUAGAGGAGAAGAGUGGGGGAGGAGGAGGGGAUUGGAGUCUCAAGGAAAAGCACGCGUUUUCAAACGCUUUCCGUCGUUGAGCGCAAAGUUCUUAUAUGUACUUGUUCCAUGAAGAUUCAGUGGCGCCCAGGCUAUAAGAGGAAAGUGGUGAGGCUGGGGUAGAGAGAGAAAGAGAGUGUGGACGGAACUCUGCUUUUCGGAGAAACAAAAAAUAAGAAAAAAAAACGAUUUUUUACGAAGAAGAAGAAGAAGGGCGGGAUGGAUUCUGGUGACGAGCAGGAUGUGACGGAGUCGAAGGGGAAGAAAAAGAGAUAUCAUAGGCAUACACCGCGACAGAUUCAGGAACUCGAAGCAAUGUUUAAGAUGUGUCCGCAUCCGGAUGAGAAGCAGAGGAUGCAGUUGAGCCGGGAUUUGGGGCUUGAACCGCGGCAGAUCAAAUUUUGGUUCCAGAAUCGAAGGACUCAGAUGAAGACUCAACACGAGAGAGCUGACAACUGCGCUCUUCGUUCGGAGAACGACAAGAUCCGGUGCGAGAACAUCGCCAUGAGUGAGGCGCUGAGGAACGCAAUUUGCCCGACAUGCGGCAGCUCUCAAGAAGCCGAGGAUUCUUACUUUGAUGAGCAGAAACUGCGCAUGGAGAACGCCAGGUUAAAAGAGGAGCUUGAUCGGGUAUCCACAAUUACAUCAAAAUAUCUAGGAAGGCCAAUCACGCAACUUCCUCCAAUCCAACCUUUAUCAGUUUCCUCUCUGGAUCUCACUGUUGGUGGCUAUGGGAAUCCAGGCUUCACCCCUUCUCUCGAAAUUGAUCAGCUCGGUGUUGUCCCUGCAGCCAUGGCAUUCCCAUUCCUCACAAUUUCUGAAAUUGAAAGGCCUAUGAUGGUGGAGCUCGCGACACGAUCCAUGGAGGAGUUGAUCAGGCUUGCACAGACUGAUGAACCUCUCUGGACCAGAAUCGGCAUUGAUGGAAGAGAAAUUCUUGAUCUCGAAACCUACGAAAGGAUUUUUCCCAGACCAGCACAACAGUUCAGGUCUCCUGAUGCCCGAGUUGAGAGUUCCAGAGACUCAGGAGAUGUGAUGAUGCAUUCUCUAGCUUUGGUUGACAUGUUCAUGGACUCAGGGAAAUGGAUGGACCUAUUCCCAACAAUUGUCUCAAAUGCGAGAACUGUUGAAGUCCUCAUGCCUGGAAUGGAUGGAAGUAAAAGUGGAGCCUUAGUUUUGAUGUAUGGUGAAUUCCUUGGGCUAUCACCCGUCGUUCCGCUGCGCGAAUUUUGCUUCCUCAGAUACUGUCAGCAGAUUCAACAAGGCCUGUGGGUGAUCUCAGAUAUCUCCAUUUUCUAUCCAAAGGAAAACCAGCUUCCUUCUUCCUCCAAGCGUAGGCUCCCUUCGGGUUGUUUGAUUCAAGACAUGCCGAAUGGGUACUCUAAGCAGGUAGUGUGGGUUGAGCACAUGGAGAUUGAAGAGAAGAAUCCAAUUCACCAGCUCUACCAUGAUCUGGUUGAUAGUGGGAUAGCCUUUGGAGCUCAGAGAUGGGUUGCAACUUUACAGAGAAUGUGUGAGAGGAUAGCAUGCCUAAUAGUGACUGGCAGCUCUCCUAGAGACCUUGGUGGAGUAAUUCCGACGGCUGAGGGGAAGAGGAGCAUGAUGCGACUUGCCCAGAGAAUGGUGAGCAACUUCUGCUCCACACUCGGCUCGUCGAACGGUCAUCGUUGGACGGCGCCGGCCGGGCUUAAUGAUGUCGGAAUUAGGGUUACCGUUCAUAAGUGCUCGGAUCCCGGCCAGCCAAACGGAGUCUUUCUCAGCGCCGCCACCUCUAUAUGGAUGCCUUUCUCCCCUCAAGCAGUCUUCAGUUUCUUCAGAGACGAGCGGUCUCGCGUUCAGUGGGAUGUUCUAUCAAACGGCAAAGCAGUUCAGGAAGUAACACGCAUUCAAAAUGGUCAGCAUCCAGGAAAUUGCAUCUCUCUUCUUCGAGCGGCAAUGAAUCCAGCUAACCCCAAUGAAGGAAACAUGCUGAUACUCCAGGAAAGCUGCACUGACUCUUCAGGUUCACUAGUGGUGUAUGCAUCCGUCGACCUGCCGUCGAUCAACAUAGCCAUGAGCGGCGAAGACCCGUCGUUUAUCCCUCUCCUUCCAUCGGGAUUCAUAGUGCUUCCCGACGGCCGUCCGGGCACCGGAAGCGAUGCAUCUUCAAGCUCAAAUCCCAUGGGAGGAUCCUCUGGCUCGGUGCUCACAGUGGCGUUCCAGAUCAUGGUGAGCAGCCUGCCAUCGGCGAAGCUGAAUCUCGAGUCAGUCGCGACGGUAAACCACCUCAUCGGCGCCACGGUGCAGCAAAUAAAGGCUGCAUUGAGCACACUCGGCGCCUGAGAAGAUGUUGGCAGAGUGAAUCAGAGAUAGUUUGUUCAGCUCUGCAGUGGGUAUAAAUUUUUAUUUUAUUUUUCUUUUGAUGUGCAUAUAGGCAUGUAUGUAGGCGCCUGCUGAGAUUGUUUUAGCACUUAGAUCUUCUUUGAUGUUCACAUUUAAAUUCCUUUUUCAGCUUCUAAAAUUGUAGUCAGCUGAACAUUGUGCAUCUCUCACUGAGACUGAUUGUUCCUGACAUCUUGUAGUUUCUAUAUUUUGUUUUUUUUGAAUUAAUCAAAAGAAAGGUUUUUU